AUGAAAAUUGUUUAUUUUUUAUUGAGCUUGGUUGUUAUAAAAGGAAUAAAAUUUGAAUCCUUCUAAUAAGCUGUCAAUUUUGAUCCAGCAUCUAUAGGGUCUCCUAAUUGUAACACGGAUGAUGAAUAUACAAAUACUUAUGAGGCGUAUUGAAAACAAUAAUGAAAGAGUUUUUACUUGGAUAACAAUUUUGGAAGAAGGUAAGGUCGAAAUGUAAGAAGAUCACAGCGUUUUAUCACAGGCAAAAGAGAAGAUUAUUUAGGCAAGAGAAUUUAUAGAGAGUCUCGACUAAGGUGAAAUAUGAAUUUGAUUCUUAGAACUUCAAUAGGAGCAAUAAAAAACUAUAAUGAUUAAUCUAUUGAUUAAGCUUCUUAAGUCGAAGAUGUUUAGACAGAUAAGGUAGAAGAAGGAAAAGAGAUUGUGUAAGAAUAAGCAAGUUAAGAGGAGGAUAAAGAUGAUGAGGAUCCAUUUGGGUGGGGAUAAGGUGAAAUUCCUCAACUUUUAGUGCAUAAUAAGGAAAGAAAAGCACAUAAGAAUACUCAUGCAUUUAUUCAAAUCAUGACUGGAAGUAAAUUAUCAAAAUUCAAGAGUGUAUGAGUUAGUAUUUAUGAUUAGAAAUUCAGUAAACUAAUUUCUAUGGCAACUGAGAUGUAGGAUAAUUAAGAUGAAAAUGGUUAGAAAUGAAGAUAGAGAAAAAUUGAAUUGUGUGAUGAAAUUAUAGAUAAAUUAAC